ACCAUUUUGUCAGGCUGGAACUCUGAAACGGCAUAAUUUAUUCUAGUUUCUUGUUGAAGUCGUAAACGUUCAUUGGAGCAUACAGUACUCGUUUAUAUAUUCACCUCUACACGAAGAUUGAGAUCAACAGAGGCGUACAAUAAUUAGCUCUGUGAAAAUUAUUUUAUCUACAUAGCGACCAAUGUUAUGUUUUGUCGUUUAAAAUUCAGUUUACCUUAAUAUAAAUCCACUUUGUUUUUCGAUGCCAAUAAAAAACUUUACACACAUAUCGUUUGCUUAAGCAGGAACUGGACUGAAGUGAAAAAGAAAAUGGCUUGCACCCUUAUAUUGUUAGCACGCGCUCGAUGCCCUGAUAUUCUCAUUGGUUUGCGCAAUCAAAGACACCGACAACUGACUCCAGUGCGAGUAUCUACGGCUCAAACGAGAAAGUUUACUUAACCAUGGUCUAGCCUGUAGCAACUCAUAUACACAUCUCGUACCACUAAUAAUUCGAGAAUAUGCAAUAGGUGAUAAGAAUAAUUUGUUUUUGCACCUGCAGCAACGAAGGCUUUGUUACUGACAGCGCGCUAGCAGCUUCCACGGGUAACAAGAGGAUACGCACUGUAUCGACAAUUGGACGAUUCGUUACACUAUUUAUUCGAGGUGAAAUGACAAUUUAGCUCCCUGGCAACACGUAGAGGGAAGAAAACGCAGGCAUAUUGUCGUACUAGCGGCUUCAAAGCGACGAAAUGGCGGACAACACAAGACUUGUCUUGAUCGCAGUUGACGAUUGUGAUCACAGCGAAAAAGCUUUUGAUUGGUAUUUGAAUCACGUGCACCGCGUUGAAAACUCAUUGAUUGUGCUGUACUGUCACGAGAAGCUGGAUCCUCCUGCUCUGUUGCAUUCUGCACAUUCAGAGGAAUGGAAACAAACAUUAAAAGAACAUGAAGAGAAGAAGGAUCGGGUGAUAGAGAAGUACAAGGGCAAAUGCGAGGAAAAGAAGCUGAAAGCAAAAAUUAAGGUAGAAUUUGGAAAACCUGGAGAGACCAUCCACAGAAUAGCCGAGCAAGAGAAAGUAAGUGUCAUUGUGAUGGGAGGCCGCGGGUUGUCAACAUUGCGGCGCACGCUGUUAGGCGGAGUGAGCGACUACGUCAUCAAGCAUAGCCAGAUCCCAGUGAUCUUUGUACCCGGUCUGCACUGAGAAGCCUGGACACAACUUUGCUUGGUUGGCCUAUUGCUGUACCAUUUAGGAUGUCUACAAUCAAACAACUGUUUUUAAUCUUAAUAUGUAACACAUCACUUUCAAUUCUAAAAAGAAUCAAUGCAAAUUGUAUUUCGCACCGUUUUUACUAUUGUGUAAACGAUUUCAUCAGCUCAUUGUCUCACUAAGUGGGGCAAAAAGUGGUUGAAACAUGUAAAAGGCAUUUUUUUAAUUGUAUUGCAGGAGAGUGUUAUAGUCGGCCUAGAUCUCUUAGGUUCUCCACCCCGCACCGGAUUGUUCCAAUUAAAGCGGAUAACGCAAUCCUGUGGAAAAGUA